AUGGUGAAUGCUAAGCAUUUGUUCAGAAACAUUCUGCGGACCCACCGGAGACUUCCCCAGGAGAUGCGGUUUGUCGGCGACCAGUACGUGCGUGCUGAGUUUCGCAGUCACAGAGCAGUCACAGACAAGCGGUUCCUCGAACCGUUCUUCACUCAGUGGACAUCAUACCUCGAUCUUCUCAAGGAGCAGACUCGGGAUCUCAGCAGCGAACACAUGGAGGGAUCCUCCACGGGUAUUGGCAAGCACCUCGAUGCGGACUUGAUCGAGAGGCUCGAUGACGACAAAGCUGAGCAGCUGUUGGAGUUGCACCAGGCGUCAGUGACGUCCGAAGAGGAAGCGACAAAGAACAGCGGCGGAGCUAAACAGGGCGGGACUAAUGUUUCCAACAACGCCUCAGCGCCGCCAAAGCGAGCGUGA